UGUGGAACUAAAAACGCAAUAUUGAAAUUUUGGAUAAUACGGUUAAGGAGCGAGAGGAAAGCAUCAAACAUGACGAAUUCUGCAAAACGGCAAGAAUAUGCAGCACUGCUGCUUGAAAAGAUGCAGAAAGGUGACAUUACAAUCGAAGAGAAGCAGACAAUAAAUGACUAUAAAAGAGAUCUUACAAGAGCAGUGCUGGUCAGGUCUAUACCCAGUUCGUUUGUUAUUUAUGGGUAUUACAUGUAUAAAAAUAAAGGAGCAAGAAUAAGUGUGCUUAAAUCUAUUAUGUGUGGCGCUGGUGGACUGCUCUUUGGGUUGUUUGCGACACCGGGCAAGAAACUAUGGGAGACAGCCAUGGAAAAAAAUCACAUCACACCUCAGCAUGUCCUCGGGAAAAUAACUCAGCUACAGGCGAAAACAAAUUUUUUGUCAGAUGAAAUGAUAGACCAGGAAAUUGAGAUGUUGAAAGCACAAAAACGGUCUAAGCCUGGCUUAGUUCUGUCAAGAUCUGAAUUUGAAAAUGAAAAAUCGCAACCCGAGACAAACUUUGACGACUCUCAGCAGCCAAAGAGUAGUUUAUCAUUUAUUUCUGGAGGAACAAAUGAGGAAAUGUCAGGGCAAUCAAUGGAUGAACCAGAGAGUUUAAUGGAGAAACGGUUACGACGGAAUAGAAAGCAUAGAAUGAAGCAUGCUGGUGAUGUGAACCCAUCCGAAGAAAAUUAUACCAACUCUGCAGGGGUUAAAGUUAACAAGUAUGGAGAUCCAAUUGAAUAAUCAGUCCAGCAAGCUCAAGGACAAUUGUUUUCAUUAUUAACAAUAGGAAAACAUGUAGCAUAUGCUUGAAUACAGUGAACAUUUCUGAUGACUCCUGUAUGAAACAGUCAUUAAAAAUAAAUCUUACCUAACGUAUGAACAUAA